AUGGCCUCCCCAGCCAAGGAGCCAGGAAGGUCUCUCCUCGCAUCCCUCCGCCCCCCGGCAGCCCUCCCAGCUCCCGCCACCGCCCUCGACGCCACUCAUCACCUGCAUCCCCACGACGCAGCGCACCCCCAGCCGUCGGGGUCCAUCCUCAGGAGAGAGAGCAGCAGCUUUCCCUCCGACCAUGGCACAGACGGGAGCCUGUAUGGGGGCAGUGAUGGACAUCCCCAUUCGCACGACCUCAACAUUCCCAGCCCCAGCGGACAGCCCCGCCACUCAGCCCUUCGUUUCCAAGUGGCCCAAGCCCAGAGCCCGAGGUCAUCGAGUUCGUACACCCGCCCUUCCCCCAGAGAGCUUCUCGACAACGACCGCGUCAUCGAGUCCGACUCUGAGUCGAGCGACGGCUAUAUCGAGGACGAAGAUUCCUCUUCCUCACGCUCUGAAGAUUCUGAUCCCGUAUCGAGGUCUGUCUUCGGUAGGCUGGCCCAAAUUCAGAGACGGCACUCUGUCUCAGAACGGGAAGAGGGAAAGAGCGACUCUUCCCUCGAUUCUGCAUUCUGGUCACCUCUAAAGCAAACCCAGCUCCCUGGUGAAUCUCAACCAGGGAAACCUGGAAACACAAUUACCAAAUCCCCAGACCGGGACCCUGAUUCUGCGAAAUCCCGAUCGUCCAGCCGCCAUCGUCCUCGCGGUCGCCUGUCAGAUGCAGGCCCCAGAGGAGGCCGCGCAGGCAGCCCUAUGCCCAAACCUCAAUCUGGCGAGAGCGACGACGGCGGUCUUGACGAGCUCGCCUCCCGCAAUCUGCCCACUCUAUCAGGGGCGGGCUGGCGAAGCGAUGAUCCAGCGUUGUAUGAGCCUCGCAAGCGAGCCCAUAAGCUACAAUCUGGUCGAUUAUCCAAUAGGCGUUUCAGCUCUGGUCUCGCACGGCCCUUCUUGCAUGGUAGCGAACAGCUUCCGACUACGGAGGACCUUUUUGAGGGCAGGUCAGACGGUUUCACGAGCUUCUUUCGCCGAGCAUCCGAACAUAUCCCAGGUCUUUCCCGUCGCCCAACUAGCGAUCACGAUCCCCUUUCCCCUUCCGGCACGAAUCACUCUUCACCGGUACCGCCCAUCUUGGACGAUACCCCUGCUUUGGCGCGAGGUAUCCAGGCAAAUGAGUAUAGCGAUACCCGGGGUGGACUCGCGCAUCGACUGGAAGAAGCCCUAUCCUCGCCGUCACAUUCAGACAGUCCUCAUCGAGGUUCGUAG